AUGGAGUCCCCGCCGCUGCUCGGGCUGCUUGGGCUGCUGCUGCUGCUGGGCGGCCCCGGGACCGGCCUGGGCGAGCACCGGCCCGACUACGACCGGGAGGCGCUGCUGGGCGGCCAGGAUGAAGUGGAAGAAUUUUCCAAACUGAGCCCGGAGGAGCAGCAAAAGCGGCUGAAAGUGAUCAUAAGUAGGAUCGACGUGGAUCUGGAUGGCUUUCUCACCGAAGCCGAGCUGAGUUCCUGGAUCCAGCAUUCCUUCAAGAGCUACAUCAUCGAAGACGCCAAGCAACAGUUCCAGCACUACGACAAAGAUGGCGACGCGCGGGUCUCUUGGGAGGAGUACAAUAUCCAGAUGUACGACCGGGUCAUCGACUUUGAGGAGGACACGACGCUGGACGAUGCUGAAGAAGAGUCCUUCCGGCAGCUCCACUUAAAGGACAAGAAGAGAUUCCAAAAGGCGAAUAAGGACGGCGAUUCUUACUUGGAUUUUGAGGAAUUCGCUGCCUUUGAGCAUCCGGAGGAGGCCGACUACAUGAAGGAGUUUGUCAUUCAGGAAUCUUUGGAAGAACAUGACAAAGACGGGGAUGGAUUUGUCAGCCUUGAAGAGUUCCUUGGCGACUAUCGAAGAGAUCCAGCCGCCAAAGAAGAUCCCGAAUGGAUUGUGGUUGAAGAAGACCGCUUUAAAAAUGAUUACGACAAGGAUAAGGAUGGAAAACUUAGUCCCAAAGAACUGCUGACUUGGGUGAUGCCCAAUAACGAAGGCCUUGCCCGGGAAGAGGCUGUCCAUCUUCUUGACGAGAUGGACUUGGACGGAGACCGAAGACUUUCAGCAAAUGAAAUUCUGGAAAAUCAAGAUCUGUUUCUCAACAGCGAAGCCACCGAUUAUGGCCGACAGCUCCACGACAAAAGUUUCUACCACGAAGAGCUUUAAUUUCCGAAAGAGGCUUUGCCUUCGUUUCAAAAGUGGAUAUUUCUCCCUGUUGUUCAGCUUUAAAAAAAAAAAGAGAGAGAGAGAAUGCCAAAUGGGCAGCGAUUUUACAUCGCUCAAGUUCCCCGCACACUGCCAGCAUUACUUCGGCAGCCUAAUUUUUUAAAAAAGAAGGGAAAAGAACGGAGACCUUUAAUGUUCCGAUUUCAAUACUGCUUUUUGAAACAUACUUGAAGAUGCCAAGGUUUGACUGCAAGGUACUUCUAGUUUGGGUUAGAUUUAUUUUAUUUUAUUUUUUAGGAAAGGGAAAAUGCAACCAUAACUGUCUGGUUCCGUGUUAAUGGUUUUUCUCUCCCAUUUUGUAUAUUACAAAAUUCAAGAGGAUGAAGUGUUGGGUACGAAGUUUCUGUGCAUAUUCUCUUGUUCAAAUGGUAGAUGAUCGGGAAAUAUUUUCACCUUUGGGAAGUAUUCUGUUGACUUGGAUUAAAAUGUUCAGAUGCCCCCUUU